CUACUUAUUAAAAUUAAUAUUAUAGUUUAAACUUUUAAAUGUGCAAAAGAUGAAGGGUAUGAUAGUAAAUACGCCGCUCUAUAAAUUGGAUAUUUUCUCUUAUCGUCCGAGAAACCCAAUAAAUAGAGAGUGGAGUUGGAAGCUCAAGAUUCAUCCCCUUCUCUCUCUACUGUGACGAAAAUGGCGGCAACGACUCGAAGAUCAAAUGCAGCAGUUCUCCGCUCGCUCUCACCGUCGACCUCCAGUUUCUCCUCCAGAUCGGCCGCUUCCUUCUUCUGCAGAACGACUUCCCCGUCGCGUGCGAAGCUUCACGGUUCGCCUUCGGUUUCCGUGUCGUCCAUGCGGUUUUCUCUAGACCGUGCGAUUUCUCCGAACAGAUCCGUGUCUGUUUCUUCUCGCUGCGGUGGGAAGAAUCGAGUGGUGCAGAGGCAGAGCAGUUUGAAGAAGACGUGUAUGUGUUCUCCUACAACUCACCCUGGCUCGUUUCGGUGUAGUCUCCAUAAAGGUACUGUUUCGCAACCUCACGCAGCGUACUCUCCAAGUAGGUUGAAUGCUCGUAGAUCGGCAAUGACGAAUUCUCUGGUUAGAAUUGGAGGCGUUGAAGGCGAUCUUGUGAAGCGAGCUUUAGCGGCAUUGAUUCGGCCUUCAUCUCAUCAGCAACGACGCCGAGUUGAUUUCAAGGUAAAGAGUAGCCGGCUGUCGAUUAUGUCCAAGGCCGAAGAAACAUCAUAAUUUUUCGGUAUGGUGAAAUUGCAAACAAACUCUGAGGUUAGCAAUUGCCAAAUCUCUGAAGUUCGACUGAUCUUACGGUGCUAUCGUUUUCCCUCCGGAGACCAUUACUGG